ACUUAACUGGGUGUAUGUUUGGAUUUUCUAACUAGCUACGUUGAAACGUGAUACUUUCUUAUAACACGAUGCCAGCUUCAACUGCGUAUUCCAUAUUACUGAAGAAAGAAAAUGCUCACGACGACCCAAUUUACUGCUGCGCAUGGGCUAAAACGGCUACUUCUGAAGAUCCGAAGGCACCUUGCAAAGAUUUCAUUGCAACAGGUGGUCUAGAUGGCCUAGUAAAGGUAUGGCUAUUUGAGAACAAUAGAUUGGAGCUAGUGCACUCUCUAGCGGAGCACUCUAUGGCUGUAGUUUCUGUAGCAAUCAGCUUUGACAGUCACACCCUAGCCAGCACGUCUCUGGACUCCACCCUGAUAAUCUGGGACUUGCUGACCGGUCACAAAGUCCAUGAGAUCCAGAACAGUGGCACAGAUGUGUGGAAGGUGGCAUUUUCACCCGAGGGCCACCAUAUAGUCACCGGGAGCCAUACCGGGAAGCUGGGGGUGUAUGGGAUUGAGAAAGCGUCCUUGGAGUGUGUUUUGGAUACUAGAGGAAAAUUUGUUUUAAGUGUGGCUUGGAGCCCUGACGGGAAGUACAUCGCGAGCGGCGCCACAGAUGGCGCUGCGUGUCUCUUCGACGCGGCGCAAGGCAAGCUGCUGCACACCAUACAGGCACACACACAGGCCGUGAACACCGUAACGUUCUCACCAGACUCGUCGCUUCUGCUUACUGCGUCGUCAGACGGGAACGUGCACACCUAUAAUGUCGCGAGCGGGAGUUUGCAAAGCAGUAUGAAACUCACAUGCAGAGCGGCAUCAGCGGCCGCGAGUUCAGACGGUCGCGCCGCCGCUGCGGCUGACGGUGCCGUACGCGUCGCCAGCCUCGACAAACUACAAGGUCUACAUGUUUUCAAGGAGCACACAGGAGCUGUGUGCGGCGUGCAGUUCAACCCCGAAGGCAACAAACUCCUGUCAGUGUCUAAGGACAAGUGCAUUAACAUCUACGAGUGCCCGCCACCGCCUAAAACUGCUGCCAAAAAGUGAUCAAGUAAUGUUA